AUGUGCUCCACUGGAUGCUGCUCCGUCGUGAAGAGCAAGACGGUCUGUUGCAGCCAGCCCUGCGCAAAGACCAUCUGCUGUGACCCGUGCCAGCAGUCCUGCUGCUGUGACCCAUGCCAGCAGUCCUGUUGUGAGCCAUGCCAGCAGUCCUGCUGCAACCCAUGCCAACAGUCCUCCUGCUGUGACCCGUGCCAGCAGUCCUGCUGCAACCCAUGCCAGCAGUCCUCCUGCUGUGACCCGUGCCAGCAGUCUGUCUGCUGUGACCCGUGCCAGCAGUCCAGUUGUGACCCGUGCCAGCAGUCCUGCUGCAACCCAUGCCAGCAGUCCUCCUGCUGUGACCCAUGCCAGCAGUCUGUCUGCUGUGACCCGUGCCAGAAGCCCUGCUGUGACCCGUGCCAGCAGUCCUGCUGCAACCCAUGCCAACAGUCCUCCUGCUGUGACCCGUGCCAGCAGUCUGUCUGCUGUGACCCGUGCCAGCAGUCCUGCUGCAACCCAUGCCAGCAGUCCUCCUGCUGUGACCCGUGCCAGCAGUCUGUCUGCUGUGACCCGUGCCAGAGGCCCUGCUGCAACCCGUGCCCCCCAGUCUGCUGUGCCAAGGUGUGCCAGAAGUCCUGCUGCGGCUGCAGCCCCCGGAUCUGCUGCAUCGGCUGCCGGCCCUGCUGCUGCUGCUCCUACGUGGUGAAGCCUGUCAGGGUGUGUUGCCCCCCCGUGCAGUGCUGCCCUGCUCCCAGGAAGUGCUGCAUCCCCAUCCAGCAGUGCCGUGCUGCCAUCAAGAAGUCUUGCUGA